AUGGGAGUCAAAUACGCAGAAUGCAAUAAACUCCAUGAGCAUAUGGGCUGGAAGACUGACCGUUGCCAGGAGUACGAGGGGUACAGUUUCUAUUGCCAGAUCUGCGGAUGCCACCAGAAAUUCCAUCGGAAAGUGGAGGCAGUGUCGCCAAAGCCGGUCGUCAACUACAAAACGAAGGUGGUGUACACAAACUGUAACAAGAUUCAUGAUUUUAGGUUCCAGACUACGGUCGAUGGGUGCCAAGAGUUCACCCCCAACGGCAAAGAGGGCUCUUCCGACAACGCGCUAACCUGUGGUGUGUGUGGCUGCCACAAGGUCUUUCAUAGGAACGAGGUUACGAAAGUAGUACCUUAA